GUGCAGCCCCGCGACAUAUAGGUCGCGAUCGCGCGGCGGCGCGGGGACAAAGAAAAAGCCCAAAAAGAGAGCUGCCGCUAUACGCUACGUGCGUCGUAGCAGCGCUGCUCUUCGCUCCGCUCUCUCUCUCUCUCCCUCUCUCUCUCAAGCUCUAUUCGGUCUCUCAUCGUCAGUCAACUAUAGAACGCGCACGAGUGUGCGCGCGCGUGUGGUGCGCCGAUGCCGAAGCGAUAAGCCAGCUGAAUAACGCGAAAAAGGAGCCUCCUCGCGGAUACGUGUACAGUGCGUUGUGCGAGAUACUUGAAUCCGGAGUCAGCAGUAGCGUAAGGAAAACUGUAAAGUCCAUAGAGCGAGGAUAGGCCGCGAGGAGAGUGCUACGCGGCGGCGCGGCACCCAUGAUAACCCAUGAGAGAGCGCAGCAAGUCGACAAGCAGCGGCUGCGGCGCCGGCGGUGGUGCGGCGGCGGUGGCGGCAGCUAAUACGAUGUGCAGCAACAACCUCGACUCGCACACCAAGUACCUGAAGGAAUUUCGGGUCGAGCAGUGUCCACUGUUCAUCCAGAGAAAAUGCACUCAGCAUCGGCCCUUCACCUGCUUCAAUUGGCACUUCAUGAAUCAGCGCAGACGCCGGCCCACGAGGAAGCGCGACCGCACCUUCAAUUACAGCGCGGACAAUUACUGCACCAAGUACGACGAGACCACCGGCAUCUGUCCAGAUGGAGACGAAUGUCCGAAUUUGCACCGGACGGCAGGGGACACGGAACGGCGCUAUCACCUGCGCUACUACAAGACGUGCAUGUGCGUCCACGAUACCGACGCCCGGGGCUUCUGCGUCAAGAACGGGCCCCACUGCGCCUUUGCUCACGGCAAUCAUGACCUUCGACCGCCGGUUUACGACAUCAAAGAGAUCCAGGCAAUGGAGAACCCCGACCUGGAUCCCAACAAUCAGAGCAACGGCCCGAAUAUUUUGGACAAAGAGAGGAACUUGAUGAACGAGGAUCCGAAGUGGCAGGAUACCACGUAUGUGCUGAGCAAUUACAAGACCGAGCCGUGCAAACGGCCGCCGAGGUUAUGCAGACAGGGAUACGCCUGCCCGCAGUAUCACAAUAGCAAGGAUAAACGCAGGAGUCCUAGAAAGUACAAGUAUCGUUCGACACCGUGUCCUAAUGUGAAGCACGGCGAGGAAUGGGGCGAGCCCGGGAACUGCGAUCAAGGCGACAAUUGCGUCUACUGUCAUACGCGCACCGAGCAACAGUUCCAUCCCGAGAUCUACAAGUCGACCAAGUGCAACGACGUGCAACAAGCGGGAUACUGCCCUCGCGGCGUUUUCUGCGCAUUCGCCCAUGUCGAUCUUUUGCCAACGGAGGAGAUGGUCAACGACAUGGUGGCUAUGGACUGCAGCUCGAAUUUGCUGGAUUUACUGAGGAAUGCUCUGCCACCCGAUAAGCGCAACAAUGACAAGGAUAAAACGCUUAGCGAUAGCAGUUUGGCUAUAUUACAGAAUGGUAGCGGAGAAAUUUCCGAGUCUGCAAGUACUAGUAGCCUCGGUAGUAACGGAUCGCACAGCAAAGCUCCGGGAGCUCAGCUUCAUCAAAAUUCUGCAGGUCAAAAACUUGCAAACACGCUGUAUAAUCCUUCUUUGCUCCAGGCUAGCGAGAUACGUAAACAAAUGAUUGCCAUCGACAACGAUCCUCUACUGACGAAAGCUGAGAAGGCGCAAAAGAAGCAAAAUCUUUAUAUCGCGUACAACUUGAAUUCAUUAGCACCAGGACCCACCAUGCCAUCUCGACUCUCGCCCCCGUUCUACCAUAAUGAUUUUGUUGACUCUGUCGUAGGAAACGCUUUAGAUGAUUUACAUUUGGAUGACCCACUUGGUUUGGUUGACUCAAUACACCGGGAUACAAAUUCGCCAAUUAGCAAUUCUAUAUCAGCGGGUUUGGCCAGCUCCGGACUACUCUGCAGUUCCGCGCCAGUCAAUAUUCCUGGAAUGGCCGAGCGUUCGGUUCUUUCGAAUUUUUCGCCAUCAACCUCAAGCCCGCUUCAACCUAUACAAUCUGCCAGUAGUUUCCUUACAGCAGGUUCGAGAUUUUCUCAUCAAGAUUCGAUUGAAUCGUCCAUGUCUUCGUUCAUGAAUCAUGUAUCAGAUCCGUUUAGUAAUCACAAUGUUGUAUCACAAUCCUGCGGUUCAACGUCAAAACUCGGCGCAUUCAACAACAGUUUGUUUGACUUCCCCUCGAAUCAGGCAAUGUCUCCAUCAUCCCGUACUCAGCCACUUGCAGCAUCACCACUAGUUAAUGCUUUUUCCAUCAGCCCAAGCAAUAACAAUACGACAGGGUCGUUAUCAGAGUUGCAGAUACAGAGGUUGAGAGAAGAACUAACAUCAAGUCGCGCUCAACUCGCUACAUGGGAUGAGCGAAUAAAUCAAGCUCGAGCUGCCUGCACUGCUUGGCAAUUAGAAUGUGAAGAAUCUAAAAGGAAAACUGCUUUAGCUGAACAACAAAGAGAUGAGGCAUUACUGCAAUUGAAAGCUCUAAAGGCUGAAAAUGAAGCGACAAACGGAGGUGGUCCAUUCAUUAGUGCUCUAGGAAGAACUAGCGAUCUCAAAUCAUUAUCAAUAACUGCUUUAAAGUCAAUGCAAUCACAGCUACGAUCAGAUCUAGAAGAAAUAGAAAAGGUGCUGUACAGGGAAACGGCAACAAAAUGUAUGGUUUGUGAAGAACAAAAUCGCACUGUCACUUUGUCACCGUGCAACCAUUAUGUGGUCUGUUCGACUUGUGCGCCCAAUCAACGUGAGUGUCCGUACUGCCAAACUCCGGUUGUCUCCACGAGUUAGGUCUUAAGAAUUUGGCUAAAAAUCUCACUUGUUACUACUACUUUCAAAUUUCACUUUUUUCAACAAGUUGAAAGUAAAGAGUAUUGUUAUCAACGUUAUAAUCUCCCACAUUGAAAGUUUUUUCAAGAAUUUUUGGGGCGAGUAACCACGUCAGCAACUUUUUAUCGCCAAAGCCGAGAUGAAUGUGUGAUACGAAAACUGUUUUACACAGUCUUAAGCCAUGCAUUUUUUAAUUUUUUUACACCCUGUGCAGCCUUUAUUCAAUCUUUUAGGUUAAGAAAACGUUUGUUUUAGAAAUCAGUGAUCACAGUCGACCACUAAAAGAAACGGAAAGAAAUAUUUUUAAAACAAAAUGAAAAAUGUUUGCAGUCAUUUCAUUUGAAUAUUAUAAAACAACUUUACGUGAGAUGCUAUUAAAACUUGAUAAGUAAAACGCCAAGUCAUAAAAAAUAAAACAUAAAAAAAUGAAUUGCCAUUGUAUUUAAAAAUACAUUUGGUCACCAGAUCUAGCUUUAGACAAUGUUUUAGAUCGUUGUAAUAAUUGUGCAUUUGUAGAUUUCUUUUAAAAUUGUGGUCUAAGAGCAAAAAUAUUCAAAUUAGUUUUUAUAAGUCCAAUGUUUAUAAACAAAUGUAUAUUACUAGUUAUUUUGGUGUUAGGCUACCAAACUGCUUUAUUUUUUAUAUUUCUAACCGAUUAAAAGUUUUUACAACUUAAAGUGAACAAAAGUGUGACAUCACUAAGAAUUUUCUAUUAUGUAUAUGAUACAUACAUAAUUUAUUAAAAGUCAAUGUUUUUUACCUCAUCAGGUAGAUUGCAGCAUAGAUAUAGUAUUAAUUUCAUAGAUUUAUAAUGCAGAGUAUUCAAAUGAGCAAAUCAUGCUCAAUAAAAAUUAUUAUAAUGUUGUUUAUUCACAUGUCUAUUGCAGAAUUGCAGCAUAGAAUCUAAUAUAUGAAGGUGUGAAAGAGACAUUCAAUAUAUUAUUAAACGGUAUAUUUUUUUAUGUAUUUUGAUGAUGUUUCUUAAGACCUAAUCAAUCGUACUAUUUGGAUAAAGAGCUUUUUAUUCAUUAUGAUAAAUUAUUCAAAAACGAGAAUUGUAUAUACUUUUAAUAAUUAAACUCAGUAUAUUUUUUAUAUAGGAUCUUUUUAAAAGCUUUAUUAUUUGAGAUAUUAGUAAAGGCAAGAUGGAUUAAUAACCUGUUAUUUUAAUAAAUAUUUCAGAUUUAAUAUGUUUUUGAUCAAUUUAUUAAGGUAACAUAAAAAUUGUACAUAUGAAAAUUCAAAUUUUUAGUUCAUUGCCAUGUAUCAAUUGAAUUUUGGUAUAAUUAAUGUGAAGAACGAAAGUACUUAAAACUAGUAAUGAUAAUAAUAAUAAAAAUUAAGAAAUUAAGAUUUUAAAAUUACUAAUAUGAAAAAUUGAAAUACUAAACUUGAUGUUCCAUCUUGUCUUAUGAUAGCUUUUUGUUGAUAAUGAGAUAUUGGGUAAGUUGAUAGAUGCUCUUUAAAAAAAACCCUUUUCAAAAAUAAUUUAAAUUUUAUUAUGAAAUAUAAGUGAUGUAAUGCCUCUAUGUAGUAGUAGUAGUAUUAGUUGUGAAAGUUUAGGUGACUUAUGAAGAACUAGAAUUUUUCAAAUAAAUAAAUAUUUAUAUUUACAUUUAUAGUAUCUAUUUUUAAUGUAUUUUUCAUGACUUGACGUUGACAUUGAUCCUGUGUGUUAGCAUCAAAAUAUAUUAAAAAUCUCAAGUGCAUUUGUUGGUUAAAAAUUGCUAAGUAUAUGAUGAAAUGACUAAUAAUAUUUGAAUUAAGAUAACAUAUUAUAAAUUAUAUUCAAAAUAUAAAAAAUAGUUUAGAUAGGAGAUCAUUAUCAAAUUUUUACUUCGUACCUAUAUAGGAAUUAUAAAAAUGUUACAAUAUCCAAUUUUUUAAAGACUAUUAUUUAAAUUUUAAUAACAUUUAUAUUAAAAAGUUUUGAAACAUUACAAUAUAAUCUAGCUAGUGACUACAGCAAAUCAUAGCAGAAAAAUAUUAUAGCAUACACAUUUUUUUCAAUGUUAGGUAGGUUAUUUUACAUACUUUUUACAUGAGAUGAAUACAAAGACGAUUUACUUGAUUGAUUAUUUCAUAAAUCUAUAUGAAUUCACAAGAGUACUGUACAAUCUAUGUAAUUGUUGAAUUUUCUUCCAUGUCUUUAAUAAUUGCUUCUGUGUAGAAUCUUAUCACUACAUCCUGUAUCAAAUGUGAGGCCAAAAAAGAGUGUUUUAUUUAAUCUUUUUUUAACCACAGUUUAUAAAAAUAUUAUAAAUGCGUUGAAGUGAAGUAGAGUGAAAAAUAAUCAUCAUUACUUUAUAAUACAAAUGGUCGAUUUUUCACAAAAUGUAUUGAUUAAUUUAAGCUGUAUCUUUAUAGUCUACUUUGUAUUUUAUUGACUGAAAACUCAAAAAAUUGGUUUUAUGUUCAAUAAAGCACAAGACCAUGUGUAUUAUAGACUGUAUAUCUAGGCUUUAACCAAUCUAGCGCUAUCACAAUAUGUAUUUUAUUAUUUUUUAUAUGUUGGAACUUUUUUGAAAGAAACUUUUUUAAAGCAUCUAGACCAAAAAAUUAUUCCUAAUGCUUUAACAAUAAUAUUCAUUCAAUUUAAACAUUGAUUGAAAAGUUUAAAAUACCAUUCUAACAUAAGGUUACAGUUGUCUGUUCUCCAGAUGGUAAUAUUAAAAGAUUACUGUAUUUUCGUACAUGAUUUGAAUUCUUACCUCUAGUGGUUUAUUAUAUUUUUUUUUUCACUAAUCGCAUCCAUGUCUGUGAGAUAAAUUCUGGCCUAAGGAAUAUUUACAAGAACAUAGGACUGUAACAAUAAAACAAUACGAAUUGAAAAAACGAAUAUCUAAAUGAUUAGAUUAUAUAGGAAAUAUAUCAAUGA